AUGGCGGUGGCAGAUGUGAAGUUAAAUUCACCAACUCAAACAAACAGUCAAAGUGUUGUUGUCAAUGUCAAAGAAAGAGAUGUUGAAGUGGGGAAACCAUACGAAGACGAAGAUGGUAUAACAAUAGUUCCUGUAAAAGAACCAACAUACCCUGAAGUUAGCAGAGACUUAAGUUCUGUUGCAGAUAUUCGAAACGACUACCAACAACUUAAAGACAAACUUAAAACUCAGGAGAAGAUUUGUCAGGCUUUGGGUAUAAUGUUAAACUUGGUUGAGCACAACCCUGUAAAAGUGAACUCAUAUGUCAUCGCACCUCAUGAAGUUUUGA